AUGGACUACGGAUACGCUGCACCCAUGGAGAGCCCUUUUGUGAUCCCACAUGAGGAUGUCGAGGCGCUGGGCACUUCCAAGGCCUUUUGUGCGCUGAGGAGGCAUUUGGCCAGAGAUGCUGACUUCUGCGCAACACACUCGCAAUGUUCUCCCCAGGCGAAGCAGACAUAUCUCCUCCACCGCGACAUGCUCCACGCCCUCAUCAUGCCCGUCGUGACCCUCUUCUCCCGCGCAUCAACACUGGCUUCCGCCGCACUAUGCACACAGCGCGCCUCUGAUCUCGAGCUCGCCUUCUCGGGCGAAUCGCGCAGCGCAUUCAUUGGCCUCCAAUGCUUCAUCACCGAGGAGGCAGACUGGUGCCGCACACGUGGAUGUCCUGCAUGCGUCGUCACCGCAACUCUGAGCACCGACAGCCACAUCCGAUUGACCAUUGCAGCCAGCCUGCUUAGCACAGCAAACAUCGCUACCCCAACGCAAGAAGAGCCACCGCAGGACAUCGAAGACAAAACCCUCCCGCCGCUGCCUCACAUCCUCCCCGCGCUCCAGCACGCCGUUAUCAACGAUCCGUUCUGGGAAGGCUCAGAGAUCUGGGGCUACAUUCUCUCGCGUGCAACACAACUCUCCGCCGGCAUCCAAGCCCUCAUCGCCGAAUGCGUAAACCUCGAGUCCCUCGUCUCAUCACCUACCACCGAACGCCCCGGCUCAAAGCGUGGCUUGACACAUCCCACCGUUCCUUUUGUUGUGUCAGGACAAGCAGUUCAGGAAAAGGGCGUCAAGCUCAGAAAGAGCAAGCUGGCCAAGCGCCAACUGAGACUGCGCGACGAAGAGGUGGAGCUCAUGCGCAGAGUUGCCAUGCAGUGCUGGGCCAAGGCUCAGGUACCCAAGCAUGUCAGAGGAGAGGUGCUGGGUUUGGGCGAUAGCAAGAGGACAAGGAGUCUGACCUGUCCGUAA